AUUAUUAUUGUCUCAAAAUCUCGGCGUUUCGCGAUUCUCACUCUUCUCUCACCCAACCUCAAUUUUCUCUCUCUUGUUUCUCUCUUAUCAUCGUCGCGCUUCCUUCGCAGAAAAUCUCUGAGAUUUUCGCUAUUUCCAGAACGAUCAAAAAUUCCAUCGAUCUAUACAUCACACCCUCACCAACAAACUCAACACAACAAGAAUCUUUCCCUUUCUCUUCGGGAUUUUUUCCACCAUCUCUCUCUUCCUUUUCGCCACAUAAGCCCUAGAAUUUUUCAUUCGUUCACCAACCUUAAUCUUAUGCUUCCUUUUUGAUUCGAUCGUUUUUCAAUUUGAAAUCAUGGUGUAUUGGAAGAGGAGAUCUCGCUUGAUCUAGGGUUUCCUCUUUGUAUUUUGAUUGUGUUUCGAAUCUAGGGUUUCGAAUUUGGGGGAAUUCGAUUUCGAAUUGAUGUUUCUUUUCAGGGACGAAGCUUGGAUCGAUUCGGAAGAUGGAGGAUUAUGUAUGGGUUCGGUCGUGAGAAGUGGAAACACAAUCGGCACAUGUGGCCUGUACCUUCUAACGCGACCACUGUAGUCACCGUUUCUUCACCGUCGCAAUUUAUAUGCAAAGAUGGACGCAAGAUUCGUGUUGGUGACUGUGCACUUUUCAAACCACCCCAGGACUCCCCUCCUUUUAUUGGAAUAAUUCGCAAGUUAACAUUCGAUAAAGAAGAAAGUCCAACUUUAGAAGUGAAUUGGUUUUACCGACCUGCUGAUUUGAAUCUCUCUAAAGGGAUUGUGCUGGAAGCUGCACCAAACGAAGUGUUCUACUCCUUUCACAAGGAUGAGAUACAUGCUGCAUCAUUACUCCAUCCUUGUAAAGUCGCAUUUCUCCGUAAAGGUGUUGAACUUCCUUCAGGGAUAUCCGCAUUUGUUUGUAGGCGAGUGUAUGACAUUGACAACAAUUGUUUACGGUGGCUAACCGAUAAGGACUACAUUAAUGAACAGCAGGAAGAAGUUUACCAGCUUUUAGAUAAGACAAAACUAGAAAUGCAUGGGGCUGUGCAGUCAGGAGGCCGUUCUCCAAAACCCUUGAAUGGUCCAACGUCAACACAGUCAUUGAAAUCUAGUUCUGAUAACAUUCAAAAUAGUUCUUCCUUUGGUGUACAGGGUAAGGGAAAAAAGAGAGAAAGAGGUGAUCAGGGAUCUGAUUCAUCAAAAAAAGAGCGAUUAUUUAAAGUAGAAGAUGGAGAUUCUGGUCACUUUAGACCGGAGAGCAUGCUAAGGUCUGAGAUUGCUAAAAUCACUGAUAAUAAAGGUGGGCUUGUGGACUCUGACGGGGUUAAAAGACUUGUGCAACUCAUGCAACCUGACAGUGCUGAUAAAAAAAUAGAUUUGGCUGGGCGAAUAAUGCUUGUGGACGUAAUAUCACUCACAGAGCGGUAUGACUGUCUUUGCUGGUUCGUACAGAUUCGCGGUUUGCCUGUGUUAGAUGAAUGGCUGCAGGAGGUCCAUAAGGGCAAAAUUGGCGAUGGUAAUGUCGAUAAGUCUGAAGAGUUUUUGUUAGCUUUACUUCGUGCAUUAGAUAAUCUUCCUGUGAACCUUCAUGCACUACAAACCUGUAAUGUUGGAAAAUCUGUUAAUAAUUUACGUAGCCACAAAAAUUCUGAAAUUCAGAGGAAAGCCAGGACUUUGGUGGACACAUGGAAGAAGCGUGUUGAAGCUGAAAUGAAUAUGACUGAUACAAAAACUGGUUCGACCCGUGCUGUUUCUUGGCCUGCAAAGCCAGCACCAUCAGAUGUUUCUCACUCUGGAAAUAGGAAAACUGGAGGAUCCUCUGAGAAUGUUGCAAAGAGCUCUGCUAUUCAACCUUCAACAUCCAAAAAUUCCCAAUCUAAACUUAAUUCUGGAGAAGUAGCAUCGAAGUUUUCUUCAUCCCCUGGCUCAACCAAAUCGGCGACUGCCUCAGUAUGCAGCAACUCAAAAGAUCAAAAUGUUAAACUUGUUGUUUGUGCAACGUCAGAUCUACCUCUGACACCUAUCAAGGAGGAGAGGAGCAGCAGUUCUAGUCAAUCUCAAAACAACAGCAGAUCUUGUUCUACUGAACAUGCAAAGGCUUUCGGUUCCUGCCGGGAAGAUGCAAAGAGCUCCACUGCAGUGUCAAUGGGUGUGAACAAAGUACCUGGUGGUGCAUCCCGAUCUCGGAAGUCGAGUAAUGGUGUACAUGGAGCUGGUGUUGCUGUAGUUCAGAAGGAUCAUAAUUCUGUCAAGAACUCAGCAAGAAAUUCACCUUCUGAUAAAGUUUCCCCAUCACGAAUGUCCCAUGAAAAACCACCAGAUCAGCCCCUUACUGAUCAAGGGCAUAACCAGCGACUGAUUCUCAGGUUGCCUAACACCGGCCGCAGUCCUUCAAGGGGAGCUAGCGGGGGUGCUUUUGAAGAAGCUGCUUUUGCAUGUGGCAAAACCUCACCUCCUGCCGACAACAAGAAGGAGAACCAGGACAGGAGAGUUAAAGCUAAAAUUGAUUGUUUACAGACCCAUGUGUCAAAUGUGAUAAAUGAUGCAUCCAAUGCUAAUGACACUACUGGUUGUGAUGAAGCUAAGGGCUCUCCGUCGGUGGGUGAGCGAUGUAGGGUUAAUGAUGAUGGUGAUAAAGCAGCAGAAAUACCAAAAACAUGUUCUUCAACUGGAUUUGUUUCCAGAUCAGGGCAGACUUAUGAUGCUUCUUUAAGCCCCAUGAAUGCAUUAGUUGAGAGCUGUGUGAAAUUUUCAGAAGCAAGUACCUCCGUGUCCCCUGGAGAUGAUGGGAUGAAUCUGCUUGCUUCCGUGGCUGCAGGAGAAAUGUCCAGAUCUGAAAACGUUUCGCCUCUGCCUUCACCCGAGAGGAAGUCUCCUGCAGCUGAUGAAUUAAGCUCAGAAAAUGAUUCCAAGUUAAGACAUUCUCUUGAAGGAGUUGCUCGCACUCUUGGACAGUCUGAUGGUGGGGUUACUGGAGAGCAUACUCGGAAUACUGUGGAGCCAGUGCAAUUCAAAAAGGAUUCUAGGCAUCCUGUGAUGACAAUACCGCAUGAUUUUUCAGAUGGUGAAGCCGUUUCAUCUAGCCGUCUGGAGAAAACUGGUGACAGCAAAACUCAAAUAAAUUUCUCUACUACAGAUGCGAUACAAAAUGCUGAAGUUCCAUGCUUACGACCAGAUACCAAAGGGGAGACUUCUGAAACUGUGUUUCCAGGUAGAAAGGAGACUCAUGCAGAAGUUGAAGGAGCAGAGCGUUUUCAGGAGCAGAGGGAAUCAGGAGCUCAAUGGGCUAAAAACUGCAGUAGUUCUAGCUCUAAAUUGAAGUCGGGGACUUCCUCAUUUGAUGAUGAUCAGAAGAUUUCUAACAUGGUUGGCGGUAUUGCAGAGCACGAAAAAAUGUUGGUUUCAGAAACAGUUGCAAGUGGUAUGAAUGAAAAUGAUCAAGGUAAAAGAUCCCCCGAGUUAUCUUCAGGCGCAGAUAGUAAGACCCAGAUCGGUGCAGAUAAAGUGACAGGUAUUGUUAUGCCUGUGCAAAAAGGCUCACCAGUUACAGAUAACUGCGAGUCUAUUGAUAUAAAAAGGGAGUCACCUUCUUCUGGUAAUGCUUUGACGGUAGCCAGGGAUGAAAAUGAUAAUCGUGUGAUGCCAGUUGAUAUUAAGCCUGAUGUAAAACGAAUGGAUCUGGAUUCAGCAGUUGCAGAUGAUGUUAAUGAACGUUCUGAAGAGAAUUUUGGUAGAAAAGAGGUUAUUGGCUCUGGUUCAUUAGCUCACCCAGAUUUACCAAUUCCUGUAAAAGAGAACGAAGAUCCGAAACCAUGUGAUUCUAAUCUUGAAAGAAAGAAAUCUGUAGUUGCUGAGGAGUUGAUUGCAGGCAAUGCUAAUCCAUCCCCAAUUGCUUCUACUUCUGAUGCAGCUGUAAAACUGGACUUUGAUUUAAAUGAGGGAUACCCUGUUGAGGAUGUAGGCCAGGGGGAUAUUGUUAGACCGGAAGAACCUAUCAGUUCAUCUGCAGUUCAUGUUCCUUGCCCAUUGCCUUUUCCCAUUCCUUCCCUCUCUGGGGCCUUCCAUGCUUCAAUUACAGUAGCUUCUGCUGCCAAAGGACCGGUUGUUCCGCCAGAAAAUCCAUUGCGAAGUAAGGGCGAACUUGGGUGGAAAGGGUCAGCUGCUACAAGUGCAUUCCGGCCAGCUGAACCUAGGAAAAAUGCUGAGAUGCUAUCAAAUACUGUUGAUAUUCCAUCAGUCGACACCACCUCAGUCAAACAAGACCGUGCACCCUUAGAUUUUGAUUUAAAUGUGGCAGAUGAAAUCAGUUUUGAGGAUGUUGCUUACCGGGGUUCCUUAGAGUCCGGUACUCAUGACCGCAGCUCUGUGGGAUUUGAUCUUGAUCUAAACAGGUUAGACGAGACUCCUGAAGCUGGAUCUUUCUCUAUGGGUAAAAUGGAUAUUCCUUUACCAAGUAAACAACCUUCAUUGUCCAGUGGGUUAUCUAAUGGUGGAAGUGUCUCCAGAGACUUCGAUUUAAAUAAUGGACCAGGCCUUGAUGAAGUUAGCACCGAAGUCCCAACUCGCACUCUGCAGAUGAAAAGUACUAUCCCAUUUUCAAGUUCUGUUCAUGGCACCAGAACAAAUAAUGCAGAAUUUGGAAAUUAUUCUUCAUGGUUUCCUCCGGGCAAUUCGUAUUCUGCAAUUACUGUCCCACCAAUUCUGACUGGUCGAGGGGAGCAGAGUUAUGUUGGCGGUUCUGGGACACAGCGCAUCAUAGGUUCCACAGGUAGCACGCCUUUUAGUCCUGAAAUUUACAGAGGGCCGGUGCUCUCAUCCUCUCCAGCUGUUGCAUAUCCACCUUCUACUCCCUUUCCAUAUCCAGGAUUUCCAUUUGAAACCAAUUUUCCGUUAUCUUCAAAUGCCUUUUCUGGUUGUUCAACACCAUUUAUGGAUUCAACAAACGUGCCCGGACUUUGCUUUCCUACCAUGCCCUCACAGCCCAUUGGGCCUGGUGGCGUUGUCUCAUCUACAUAUCCCCGUCCCUAUGUUAUGAGUCUUCCCGGUGGUACAAGCAAUGUAAUUCCCGACAGCAGAAAAUGGGGUAGUCAGAGUCUGGAUCUUAAUUCAGGCCCUGGUGUUACAGAUACCGAGCGCAGAGAUGACAGAUUGCCUUCAGGAUUGAGACAGAUGCCUGUCCCCAGUCAACAACAAGCCUUGAUGGAGGAUCACUUGAAGAUGUUUCAGAUGGCCGGUGCAUUAAAAAGAAAAGAACCUGAUGGUGGUUGGGAUGGAACUGAUCGAUUCAGUUACAAACAUCCCUCAUGGCAAUAGGAUGAUGGCUCUUCAAAGCAAUUUAUUUAAGAAAUCAGCCUCUUCUUUUAUGGAGUGUCAAAAAAUGGGGAAUUUAUGAGUGAUGCUACCCGUGCUGCUGAUGUGCUUAAAGUGAUCAGAUCCUACAAUUGCGGUUAUUUUGUGCUAAUCUGGUCACACAGAUUGCCCCUUGAAGAUGAGUUUUGUUUUCCUGUGUAGAUAUCUAACUGAAACAUCAGAUGUGAUAAUAUGCGCCCGCCUAGAAUCAGAAAUUGGCAUAGAAGUGUUUGACUGUUACUUUUCUGCAACACUGAGCCCAAUCCAUUCUCAAACAUUUGGAAGGAGAGGAUUGGAUGUAUGAACUGAACUGGCUAGGCUUGAAGCCAGUUUGGCUUGUUGAAAUCAAUUUUUUUUCAACUUUUGUUACAUAUAUAGUUAUUGCCCGGUAGUCAUGACUUGCGAAUUUUGUUACUUAUCAGUAUCACAUUCUGGUUAUUAUUGAUAUAUGCACAGGUUAGCCACCAUGUACAAUUUGUCACUUCUCCCACUUAAUGUUAUUACAUGGCUGUGCUGUUGCAUCA